ACAAUGGAAACCUUUACAAAACAAGAAACUUACAUCCGGGAAUUUGAUCCACAUGAUUACUUUGACACAUAUUAUAGUCCAAAAGCAGGAGCUUUAUCUGGGGAAUGGUUAAAAUUUGCCUUAACAAACCUCCAUGAAGCUUUCUCUCAAGGUGGUGUCAAAGGAAAAAAUCUGAUCGACAUUGGUGCCGGCCCAGCCAUCUAUCAGUUACUAACGGCUUGUGAGGUUUUUGAGACCAUAAUCACCUCUGAUUUUCUUGAGCAAAACCGUACUGAGCUCCAAAAAUGGCUGAAAAAUGAGCAGGGGGCAUUAGACUGGAUGGAAAUAGUCAAAUUUGUUUGUAACUUAGAAGGAAACAGUGAGAGCUGGGAGAAAAAAGAAGAGAAACUCCGUAGAACAGUGAAACUGGUUCUAAAAUGUGAUGUGCUAAAAAGGAAUCCAUUUGAGCCCCUAAUUCUACAGCCAGCCGAUUGUAUAAUAAGCUGCCUUUGCUUGGAGGCACCGUGUCAGGAUGUGGUGUCCUACUGCACGGUCUUGAAAAAUUUAAAGGACUUGCUAAAACCUGGUGGUCAUAUUCUAAUACAGAGUGCCCUAAAUAGCACAUUCUAUUUUGUUGGUGAAAAAAGAUUUUCUUCAUUGAAAUUAACAAAGGAGGACCUUAAGAAGGUUUUUGAAGAAGCAGGUUAUGAAAUUGAGAAAAUUAUAGUUGCCCCACGUGAGGAUAUGUCAAGAAUGGACAUUAGUGAUUACGACAGCUAUUACUAUGUCCAUGCCCGUAAACCACUUACUGCAUAAACACAGCACCAUGCCUUACAAUUGUUCAUGUCUGACAUUGGGCAACAUAUAUAUUGUAUUCAAUGUGACACUAGGUAAACAAGUGUGCUUUAACUAUAAUCCAUUAAUCAUUCGCAAGGGUUUGAUCAACA